UGGUCUGAUGAUUCUCUUCUCUUGGGAUGGGUGUCUAAAACCACAGCUCUCUGGCCCGGCUGUCAGAUGCACUCGUGCUCUCACCUUGGAACAUCACGCAAAGCAAUCCCCCCCGCCCGAGUGUAACACACGACUCAUAGUAUUGCCGAAUUAAAGUGAACACAAGCCAUACGAUAUAUAUACAUUGUUAUUAAAAAAACCACAAUACAUUGCAAACGAUUAGUUUGAAUUUUACUAAAUCAUCAAAAAGACUAACAUUUCCAAGAUGAACACGAGGACUACUGUGUUGUGUUUAUUUUUGUUUUGCUUAUUAAAGACCGGGACAGCAAACGUGAACAGCAGUGCCUCGGGAAUUUCAGGCAUCUUGACCAAGCUCUUCCCAGAUGCCCCGGCGUUCAUGGGCAGCAUCAUCGGUGUUCCAGCCGAACCGAACACCAACUUUUUUUUGAAGAGAGGAAUUGAGGAGGACGAUGGCUGCCUCCUCGUGCUGGAGAACCCUGUGUCCCUUGAUGCGUGCGAGUUCAACGCGUCGGCUAAGACCUUCUUCAUCAUUCACGGGUGGUCGAUGAGCGGCGUGCUGGAGCCGUGGGUGCCCAAGCUGGCCGUGGCGCUCUACAACAUCGACCGCAGCGCCAACGUGGUGGUGGUGGAGUGGCUGGGGCGCGCACGGCUUCACUACCCGCUGGCCGUGCAGAACACGCGCGUCGUGGGCAAGGACAUCGCCGCCUUCGUCGACUGGCUGCACAAGCAGACCAACGUGUCGCUGGAGAAAAUACACUUCCUGGGGUACAGCCUUGGUGCUCAUGUCGCCGGAUUUGCUGGCAGCUUCAUCACAAGCCCCGGCAAAAUCGGCCGAAUUACUGGCCUGGACCCGGCGGGGCCGGCCUUCGAGGGAAUGCUCGACGACGAGCGGCUGUCCCCGAACGACGCACACUUCGUGGACGCCGUGCACACGUUCACGCGGGGCACCCUGGGCCUCAGCAUCGGCAUCCAGCAGCCCGUGGCUCACGCCGACUUCUACCCCAACGGAGGCCACUUCCAGCCGGGCUGCGUGUUCACCAACGCCUACAAGAACAUCGCCGACAUGGGAUUCAUGGGCAUCGUGGAGACUGUCAAGUGUGAGCACGAGCGCUCCAUCCACCUGUUCAUCGACUCGCUGCUGCACCCCGACCAGCAGAGCAUGGCCUAUCGCUGCACCGACAUGGGCCGGUUUGAGCGCGGCAUGUGCCUCAGCUGCGGCGGACACCGCUGCAACCGAAUGGGCUACGGUGUGGAGCGCGUGCGGCCCAGGCGCAGCCACAGGCUCUUCCUGCGCACCAGUGCCGCAAUGCCGUUCAAGGUUUAUCACUACCAGCUGAAGGUUCACUUGAUGGGGCUCACCGAGAAGGUCGAGGAGUUUUUGGAACCGGCGCUGAGCGUCUCGCUCUUUGGCACCAAAGGAGAGGCAAACGACCUCAAAAUGUCCACGGUAGAGAAGGUCAGUCCGAACCGGACCUACUCAUUCCUUGUGACGACGGACGUGGAGGUGGGAGAUCUGCUGCAAAUCCGCAUACGCUGGGACAAGACGAGCACCUGGGGCAGUGUCUGGCAUCAGAUGAAAGUUCUCCUGCCGUGGGCGCAAGGGAAGGGCAACUACGGGAACCAGCUGCUCUUGCGCAAGAUUCGCGUCAAGUCGGGCGAAUCGCAGCAGAGGCUAGCGUUCUGUUCAAGCGACUUCAACAAAGUGGAGCUGAGUCCCGAUUUGGAGCAGACCUUCCAGAGGUGUCGAGAGGAGUUGGAUCGGCCUCGCCGUCGGCAUGCCAGAUCUGUCUGAAGGAGAGAUUCAAUGUCAUCCAAGAAAACACGAACUGAGGAGGCUCACAGUGAAGAAUGGAGAAAAAAUGCACGGCACGGAGAGGUCAAGUUGGGUUUAACCCUGCCGGGAGCACGGCACACCUUUUUGAAAACCACCAAAGACUCGCCAACAUCAAAAUUAAACUGCAUUUUUACUUUGAACCGCUUUGCCCAUGGCUAGCAUAGCAUAGUGUUACUGAACGGAUGUAUAUAAACAUACACACACACCUGGAGCCUUAAGUAAGGACAGCCAGAUAUUAAUCAAUAUGCCACUAUAUUGAGUCUGCCUAUUCAUUUGCAGAAUUACAUUGUGCCAAUGACACGCAGGCAAAGGGGGCAGACUCACUCAUGUGAGCUUGCAGAACAAAAGGCAAACAUGGUCUAAAUGGAAUGGCCAAGCCACUGUCAAUUUUUAAUAAUUUAGAGGCAGAAUAAUUUCAACAAAUCAUCCCCACCAGACCAAUUGAGCAACCACCUUAUUAUGAAGAAGGCUGCUGUGCUGUAUUUAAAUUGACUUGGUAAAUUAUAUUUCUAUUUAAAGCUUUCGUGACUGCAGGGAUUCAUCUUCUUGGUUCUUUCGGUAAAGUCACGUAGAAUGGAAAUAAUAAAAUAAUAAAAAUAAAACAUAAUAAUUCUCACGACGUUUCGGCGACAACGCAAACAGCCGUCCUCAGGUGAAGAACAGGGCUGUCGGGGAGACAGACAAGACUCUGCUGCUUACGUUGUGGCCGAAACGUCGUGAGAAUUAUUUUAUUGUGUUUUAUUUUUAUUAUUUUAUUAUUUCCAUUCUACGUGACUUUACCGAAAGAACCAAGAAGUUGGUAAAUUAUGUGAUGCCCAUAUUUACAGUGUCGGCAAAAUAUUGAUUACCAAUUGCAAAAAAUAAAAUAUACGAAUCAGAUAUCGAUGAAUGAACAGUCUUAACGAAUUUGGUGUAUUAAUUAACAGCAACAAGGACCUGGAUUUAUCAAAUACCUUGAUUCAUUUAUACUGAAAUUUAUUUUGUUAAAUUAAUGCUUGAUUAAAAAUUGUGGUACGAAAUGCUAAAGAUCAGCCAACAUAGUGUUCGGCCACAAUGUUAAUGUUAUUCAUUAAUACUUCUCCCGGUGCAGUCAAAGUAAAUGUGAUAUAAAUGCUAUUUGAUCACGGACAUCACAUAUUUCAAAUAUCCAAACACAUUUGCCGUAGUACAGGUAUAGCAAUUCCAAUAACCGCCCUGAUGAGUGGCGGCUGGCAUUGCAAACGUGGACAACCAGAAUCUGCCAGCCAAACACAGCACUCGAUGACGCCUCCCCUCUCCAUGUCAGUAUCAACAAUUCCACUUGUAAUCGAGCAUCAUCUUGCAUUUAACACCAUUGCACGUUACGAUUGGUCAUGCCUCCCAAUUGGCCUUGAGCUCCCUUCUUGAGUAUAGUGUUGCAUUCACCGUAAGAGCUAUCUGCCAUCAAAUUAAUUCUUACAACCCGACAUGAAUUUCUUUCUUAAGAUUGUCUUUGUUCACUUUGCUUGAAUGCCUUGAAGGCUUCCAUGGGCUACAGACAGUUCAUAUUCCUAUGUCAGUCACUAUUGUUCAAGUCCAGUUAGGUGCACAUUCCUAAUAACGAUGUGAAACAAUGUACAUUAACUGCAUGCACUGAAUUAUAAAUGAGAAAAUAUGGACUGUAUCCUUACCUUGACAUGGCCAAUGGUUGUGCUGGCACAUAACGAUAUUAAAAUAAACGAUUUUAUCUUCAAAGACUAUUAAUGGUAAUACAAUUAUUUGCUUGCAGAAAAAAGUGUAUUUAAAUUUUUUUUGCAACCGUGAAGUGAUGUUUGUCCACAUAGCGGUGUGGUAGAAGCUUUAUGAAAUAUAUGCAAACGCACGCCGUUCGGGUCUUAUUGGACUUGCUGUGAUGUACCGUGGAACUGCUGCGUUGCGUCUCCUCACUGCGAAGGGGCAUUGCCUGCAAAUAACAAUUAACAGUGCAACCUGCAGCCACAUCGCUCAUUGUGUGUUUGUCACAAUAGUACCAUUUGUGCCAAAGUAAAGCAUUCACAUAUAGCCAGUAUCUCCUUUGUCUAUGAAUAGUGAACGGCAGAAUGCUGCCUCUGGUGUAGGUCAAUCAGUUUCAAAGACAAUGUAUAUAUAAUUAUCAGAGCAUGUUUGUUUGCAUGUUCACCACAAGUACGUGUGGUUAAUGCAGACGUAAUUCCUUGCAAAUGGUUUAUAUUUGGUGUUUGACCAUCUUCACACCUGUUUUAUUGCCAGAAAGGAGUAAAACCUAUUCUUAGUUUUCAUAAUAGUGACAGGCAAUUACAUGUUUUUUUAAAAGACACUCCUGUUAGCGCUCAAACACCGGAGCUCCAAGCGCAAUGUGUAAUGUUACAAAUACUAUUAAAAAAUGCAUUGAAAAUGUUUCACUCAUUUCACAAAGUCUCCAUAAAGAUGUGUUCUUAGCCAGAAAACACGUGAUCAAAUUAUCACGUGUGAUUUAAUUAACAAUUUAUAAUUAAUUUUGUUUCAUAUUGGGCCUUAUUCAUGUGCACACGUUUUUACCAGCCUGGUUGGUUAGUGAGGCCAAUCAACAGAGGGGGCAUUAUCUAGUCUGGUGAUUAAUCACAUUGAAUCGAUGUGCUCGUCGUUUAGUGAAUUGCCCUGUAUUAAAAGGUCAUCACGUACAAUUGCAAUUCCAUUGCUCAUUUUUAAAUAAGUUUGCAAAUUAGAAAAAAAAAUCCCUUUUUAAUAAAGAAAAUAUUUACAAAAUGCGCUCACUUUCUCAAUGUGUGUACAUCAUUACAAUACCAUCUGUGCAUCAGACUAAUGAAUAAUUUGCAUCUUCAGCCUGUUUGCAUUUAUUUCGUGCAGCUCCUGGAAACAAAUGUUACAAUUUCUGUCAACACAUUUCACAACGUCAACAUUGUCAACAGCGUGUAUGGAAUAUUGCACAGUUUUGCUUUCUGGCUUUGUACUGAAAUAAAACGGAAAACAAAAACA